UCAGAGAGAAGAUUCAGGAGAAAAGCUGAAAAUGUCAAAACAUUCUGUCUCCAAUAAAAACUAUAAAUGUGAUAUUUGUGGUAAAUCACUAACAAACUAUGCUAAUUUAAGUAAACACAUGAUGAUUCAUACUGGCGAGAAGCCAUAUAUAUGUGAUGUUUGUGGUAAAUCAUUUAACCAAAGUGGUAAUCUACAACGACACACCAGAACUCAUGCUUUACAAAAACCCUUUUCUUGUGAUGUUUGUGGUAAAUCAUUUACAACUGGUGGUAAUCUACAGCAACACACUAGAAUUCAUACUGGUGAAAAACCCUUUAGUUGUAAUGUUUGUAGUAAAUCAUUCAGGGCUAGUAGUAAUCUACAUGUACACACCAAAAGCCACACUGGUGAAAAACCCUUUUCAUGUGAUGUUUGUAGGAAAUCAUUUAACAAUAGUAGUAAUCUACAUCGACACACUAGAAUUCAUACCGGUGAAAAACUCUUUUCUUGUGAUGUUUGUAAUAAAUCAUUUACUGCUAGUAGUGAUCUACAUCAACACACUAGAAUUCAUACUGGUGAAAAACCCUUUUCUUGUGAUGUUUGUAAUAAAUCAUUUACUCGUAGAACUCAUCUACAGGAACACAUCAAAAUUCAUACUGGCGAAAAACCCUUUUCUUGUGAUGUUUGUAAAAAAUCUUUUACCACUAGAAGUGGUCUACAUAGACACACCAGAACCCAUACUGGUGAAAAACCCUUUUCUUGUAAUGUUUGUGGUAAAUCUUUUACCUCUAGUAGUGAUCUACAUGUACACACCAGAACCCAUACCGGUGACAAACCCUUUUCUUGUGAUGUUUGUAAAAAAUCAUUUACACACCAUAGUAGUCUUUUUCAUCAUAAAAGAAUUCAUACUAGAGAAAGAGAAGAUUCAGGAGAAAAGAUGAAAAUGUCAAAACAUUCUGUCUCCAAUAAAAACUAUAAAUGUGAUAUUUGUGGGUAG